AUGCAUGCCAUGGCGCGAGCCGUGCACGAUCGCCUCCCGUUCCUCGCCUCGCCGGAGCCGGCGCUCGCGCCGCCGGCGCCAGCUGGGAGGCGGAGGAACCCGUCCCUCUCCGAGAUGCUCAGCCUCGUCAGCGCGGCCACCGUCGACCCGGCGGGCACGGACGACGACGGCUCCGUGUUCUCCCUCCCGAUGCCGCAGCCCGCGCCUGCCGGCGUCGGCGACAGUAAUGCGGGCGGCGAGGGGCCGGGCCGGACCAUCCAGUUCCGGCUGGCGUUCACCGACCUGACCUACAGCGUCCGGCGGGCGCGCCAUGGCGGGGACGGCGUCGGCGGCGGCGGGCUCUGCCUCCCCGUGCAGCGCCGCUCCGACCGCGUCACGGCGGCGCCCGACGCGCACGCGCCGCGGACCAAGGCGCUGCUAGCCGGCGUCUCCGGGGAGGCCAAGGAGGGCGAGAUCCUCGCCGUGAUGGGCGCCAGCGGCUCCGGCAAGUCCACGCUCAUCGACGCCCUCGCCAACCGCAUCUCCCGCGACGCGCUCAAGGGCUCCGUCACGCUCAACGGCGAGCCGCUCACGGGCAACAUCCUCAAGUCCAUGUCCGCGUACGUCAUGCAGGACGACCUGCUGUUCCCCAUGCUCACCGUCACCGAGACGCUCUCCUUCGCUGCCGACUUCCGCCUGCCGCGCUCGCUCUGCGCCGCCAAGAAACGCGCGCGCGUGCACGCGCUCAUCGACCAGCUCGGCCUCCGCGCGGCCGCCAACACCAUCAUCGGCGACGAGGGACACCGCGGGGUCUCCGGAGGCGAGCGCCGGAGGGUUUCCAUCGGUACCGACAUCAUCCACGACCCCAUCCUCCUGUUCCUCGACGAGCCCACCUCGGGCCUCGACUCCACGUCGGCGUUCAUGGUCGUCAAGGUGCUCCGCCGCAUCGCCCAGAGUGGCAGCAUUGUCAUUACCUCCAUUCACCAGCCCAGCCAGCGCAUCCUCGGCCUCCUCGACCGCCUCAUCCUCCUGUCCGGUGGCCACACCGUCUUCAGCGGAGCCCCCUCCGCCCUCCCGACCUACUUCGCCGAGUUCGGGUACCCUGUCCCCGACGACGAGAACCGCGCCGAGUUCGCGCUCGACCUCAUCCGCGAGCUCGAGGCGUCGCCGACGGGGACGAAGCCUCUCGCCGACUUCCACCGCACGUGGAAGCUCAUGCACGCGGCGAGGGACGACGCCGCGGCGUGGGCGCCGACGAUGUCGCUGAAGGAGGCCAUCAGCGCGAGCAUCUCGCGCGGGAAGCUGGUGUCUGGCGCGGACGUGUCCACCGGCGAGGCGGCGUCGAUGCACACGUACGCGAACCCGUUCUGGGUGGAGAUGAAGGUGCUGACGAAGCGGUCGGCGAUCAACACGCGGCGCAUGCCGGAGCUAUUCCUCAUCCGCCUGGGCGCCGUGGUGGUGACCGGCGCGAUCCUGGCGACCGUCUUCUUCAAGCUGGAUCAGUCGCCCAAGGGCGCGCAGGAGCGGCUCGGCUUCUUCGCCUUCGCCAUGUCCACCAUGUUCUACACCUGCGCUGACGCGCUGCCGGUGUUCCUCCAGGAGCGGUACGUGUUCCUCCGGGAGACGGCCUACGGCGCGUACCGCCACGUCUCCUACGUGCUCUCCAACGCCAUCGUCUCCUUCCCGCCGCUGGUGGUCCUGUCGCUCGCCUUCGCGCUCACCACCUUCUUCGCCGUGGGCCUGGCCGGCGGCGCGUCCGGGUUCGCCUUCUACACGCUGGCCAUCCUGGCCUCCUUCUGGGCCGGGAGCGGCUUCGUGACCUUCCUCUCCGGCGUGAUCCCGCACGUGAUGAUCGGGUACACGGUGGUGGUGGCCAUCCUCGCCUACUUCCUGCUCUUCAGCGGCUUCUUCAUCAACCGGGACAGGAUACCGGCCUACUGGCUGUGGUUCCACUACCUGUCGCUGGUCAAGUACCCGUUCGAGGGGGUGCUGCAGAACGAGUUCGCGCGCGGCGGCGAGUGCUUCGUGCGCGGCGCGCAGAUCUUCGACAACUCGCCGCUGGGGGCGCUGCCGGAGGCGGUGAAGGAGCGGGUGCUGGCGUCCAUCAGCUCGGCGCUCGGGGUCGGGAUCGGCGCCGACACCUGCGUGGCCACGGGGCGGAGCGUGCUGCGGCAGGCCGCCGUGACGCAGCUCGGCAAGUGGGAGUGCCUGCUGGUGACGGCGGCGUGGGGCUUCUUCUUCCGGAUCCUCUUCUACUUCAGUCUCGUGCUCGGCAGCAAGAACAAGAGGAGGUGA